UGCAGCAUUCAUCUCCACCCCUGAAUACUUCCUGCUCGCACGUGUGCAAAACCGAGUCUCCCUCCUCCUGCCAGUCUUUCCCCUUUCGUACUUCGCCCUCAUCUUUGCCGCACACUCCUCGCUGACAUUUUAGCCGUGGCUUUCAGACGGACUUCGCCUCAACCAGAGCAAAAUAAUUACAGUGCAAGGAGAGAGACCCCCCCGGCAGGCUGUAGUUAUUGAAUUGAGUGAUGAUUAUCAAGCUCAGUAAUCACUUCAGUGGAUCAUGUGGGACCGUGGUGGCUUGGCUGCACAUCAGCGUCUCUGAAGAGUCUCAUCUGGAGCUGCUUUCCUGACCUUUCUGGACUCAACUUUGACAAAAUUGAAGCAGCUCUGGAAUGUGUCUGAAACUUUUCACCGGCCGGACAGCUUUCUUCCACAAACAAGACGCACGUCUUCCUGAAAACCGCAGAUGUUUCCAGUGUUGCUGCUUCGCCAGUGUCAAGGUAAUCUGCCUUCACUGCUCCAUCACAGAUCUCUCAGUGGAUUAUAUUCACUACUCUUACCAAAGAAGUGUUUCAAGGUGAAGUUCUAAUCUGGAAAGUGACCGAAAACCAAAGAAAACAAUGAACGUCACAGUCACAAUGGCAGUGAAGGACAUGAACACAUCUACUAGUAUGUGUGUGACAAUUGAAUCACUUGGAUUCAGCACCUUCCUGAUGUCUGUUUACAUCGUGGCUUUUAUCUUCGGCCUGCUGUUCAACGGGCUGACCCUGGGCCCCAUCUACCAACAAGUGCAGAGACAAAACGUUCUGGGAAUCUUCCUGCUCAGCCUGUCGAUCUCCGACAUGCUCUUCAUCUUCACGAUGCCCCUCUGGAUGAAUUAUUACCGAAAGGGUCACCAAUGGGGGCUCGGGGUUGGCUCCUGCAGCGUGGCCGGAUUCUUCUACUACUCCAACAUGUACAUCAGCAUCUUCCUGCUCUGCUGCAUCUCUGUGGACCGCUGCCUGGUGGUCACUUACCCGCUGCGCUUCAAGGCCCAGCGUACGUCGCGCUACGCCUGGGCUCAGUGCAUCACUGUGUACGUGGUGGUGGUGGUGAUGCACAUCAUGGUGCUGAUUUAUGACAACCUCAAAGAUGCUCACGACGACAAGAACGAUAACGACCGCUGUUAUGAGACUUACCCCAUGCAGUCCAAUGUGGCUAUGUUCAAUCUGAUCCGAGUGUGCGUCGGCUUCCUGCUCCCGCUGCUCGUGCUGACGGUGAGCUACUGGAGGGUGCUCGCCACUGUGGGCGAAAGUCCAGGUCUGAACGCUCAGGCCAAGAGAAAAAUCCGCCUCCUGUCCUUCGGGGUGAUCGGGAUCUUCUUCUUUUGCUUUGCUCCUUAUCACAUCCUUCUGCUGACACGAUCAAUAGUCUUCUACAGAUAUCGAGACGAUACAACGCCUCAAGGACCUUACUGCCAGUUUGAGCAGAGCAUGCACAUGUACUUCUCGAGCACGCUGGCCCUGUCCAGUCUGAACUGCGUGGUGGACCCUGUGCUGUACGUGCUGGUCAGCAACUUGGUCCAGGACAAACUGAAACAGUGCUGGAAAGGACGCAGACAGACGAGACAGAGAACUGUGGCAGAGGGAGAGAACUGUGUACUAACCCGAACCACCAAAAUAACAUCCAAUAAUAAUCUGAUAUGAACAUUCAGCUUCACGUUCAGUGUAUCUGCUUGCAUGUUUAUGUGUAUAUGCAUUUGUGCUCAAAUAUACAUGAUACUUUGACUUUUGGAGCUGAAGCCUUCUUCUCCAGAGUUAACAGUGGGCAGCAGGACUGUUUACGUCCGGUAAUGAGCCCUCUUUGUGUGGACAAUCAGACAUCAUUUGUGAGCGAUGCUGUUGCAUUGCUCUGUCCUCCUGAUCCCACUCACAUCCCACUCUACUCAGAGAAGGGGCUGCAUAAUGUAUGCAUCUCAAGGAUGGGAAAUUGGAUUGGAGUCUCUGUUUCUGCUCUGCAGGGAUUUCUUCACUGGCAGCCACUUCUUCUUUCAUUUUUGUGGACACUGCUGGAGUUGAAGAGCCAUGUUUUUUUUAUUUUUUUCUUACAGUGAUUGUGUCACCCUGAUAUAUUUAAUGUGCUUAAAUACUUCAAAUACAAAGCAUGUCAAAAGAAAAGAGCUCAUUGCAUGCCUGUGUGUCGUAGCUGUCUGAACAUCAAUAAAAAAAUGUUGAAUGGAA